AUGGACCUGACCCUCAAAGAACUCAACCUAAUCGAAGUCGCAAGAAGCACAAUCAAUUCAAUUCCCAAAUCAGACAACCACAGCGUCGCCAGCGCAGCCCUCUCUGCGAAUGGACAAGUCUUCUCUGGAGUCAAUGUCUUCCACUUUACCGGUGGGCCAUGUGCUGAGCUCGUCGUUCUCGGUGUUGCCGCUGCUGCAGGAGCUCAGAAACUCACGCAUAUAGUUGCAGUGGGUGAAGAUGGUCGAGAGGGAGUCAUCAUGAGUCCAUGCGGUCGCUGUCGCCAGGUGUUGCGUGACUUGCAUCCUGGUAUUAACAUCAUUCUACAGAAACCCGGAAGGGCAGUGGCCGUAUCCAUCAAUGAGCUGUUACCAUACGCUUAUGAUCUUCGGGAUUGA